CCCAAAACACGUUUUCCACUAAAAUUUGAUACUUCCAAAAAUCAUAGCAAUGGCUAUUACUCGUUUCUUCUUAGCUUCCAUGGUUGUUCUUGCAUUUCUGGGUACUGCUUCUGCAGACCUCGAGGACCACAAACCCGAAGAUAAUACUGUCAAAAGGAUUCAAGCCAUGAUCUAUUGCAGAAGGAAUGGUGAACUGAUUAAGACGGAAGGGGCAACUGCAAGGGUUUCAUGUUUUGUGGAUGUUAAGGUUAAACCCUUCACAGUGAUUUCACCACCUACAAAAGGUGGUUACUUUUACAUGGACCUCGAAAAGCUUGUACCAUUUCGCUACAACAUCAAAAAGGACUGCAAGGUUUACCUUAAUGAACCCGCCUCCACCCCCGGCGAUUGCACCAUCCCAACUAACGACAACGACGGCAUUGAUGGUGCCUCUCUUGACAAACCACCAAGGAAGCUUAAUGAGGACACUUCGCUUUUAUCUGUCGGACCUUUUGUCUAUGUUUAGUAAGACCACCCAAAAUAUAAUUUCUGAACUUAAACUACUCCUUAUUGAUUUAUAUUUUUGUUUGUUUAUUUAUUCUACAUUUGUAAUUUUUAUAUGUUUGUGUGCUUGGGGCUUCGGUUUGAAGAAGUGCAUGUAACUCUUGUCAAAUGGGUCGAGAGGGAACCACAUGGGGUUCAGAGGAAGCACAAUUCUCUUCUGUUCAAUUUUUGUUUUUUUUUGUUUUUCACCAAUAAUUUCUGGGAGAAAUAUUUGAUAUGGUUCUUGGUGAAUCAAAGUGUAAUUUGAGUUGUUUGAGAAUUGGAAGAAAAACUUGCUUAUCAUUUUUGCAUACUGUGAAAUUUUUGGAACCCUAGGUAAAAUAGUAGAUUGGGCCCUUUUAAAAAAUAUAUAUAUGCAAUUUAUAAUAGAGUAAAAUAAAAACAUAUGAUAGUAAUUCUAUUAAAAUAAUCCUUUUUUAAACGGUACAAUUUUACUAAUAAAUUUACCAAAAAAGCAAAUUUUUUUAUGGCAACAUUGCAAUUUGCACAUUAAAAAUUAUCAAUCAAACACUCAAAUCAUAUUAUUACA